CCCGGGUUCUCGGGCGGGGAGGGCUCGGAGGCAGUUGCGCCUGCGCUGCCCAGCCUGGUCCCCGCCCCCAGGCGCGCCGGGCUCUAGCGGCACCGCCGCCAUGUGUUCGUUAGCGUUGGGCGCAGAUGGCGGCCGGGGCGCUGUGGAGGAGGACGACCUGCCAGGACUGUCAGACAGCGGUGACGAGGCCUCCUGGGAGGAUGCGGAAGAUGCCGAUCUCCCCCACGACAAGCAGCAGACCCCCUGCCUGUUCUGUGACAGGUUAUUUACAUCUGCUGAAGAAACAUUUUCACACUGUAAGUCUGAGCAUCAAUUUAAUAUUGAUAACAUGGUUCAUAAACAUGGACUUGAAUUUUAUGGAUACAUUAAACUAAUAAAUUUUAUUAGACUUAAGAAUCCUCCAGUUGAAUAUAUGAAUUCCAUAUACAACCCAGUGCCUUGGGAGAAAGAAGAGUAUUUAAAGCCGGUAUUAGAAGAUGACCUUUUACUUCAAUUUGAUGUAGAAGAUCUUUAUGAACCCGUGUCAGUUCCAUUCUCAUACCCCAGUGGACUCCGUGAAAAUACAUCAGUUGUUGAAAAAUUGAAACACAUGGAAGCCAGGGCACUGUCUGCUGAAGCUGCGUUAGCUGGAGCGCGUGAGGAUCUGCAAAGAAUGAAACAAUUUGCUCAGGAUUUUGUGAUGAACGCAGAUGUCAGAACCUGCUCGUCAUCUACAACCGCCAUUGCAGACCUCCAGGAGGAUGAGGAUGGCGUUUAUUUCAGCUCAUAUGGGCAUUAUGGGAUACAUGAAGAAAUGCUAAAGGACAAAGUACGAACAGAAAGUUACCGAGAUUUUAUAUACCAAAAUCCACAUAUCUUCAAAGAUAAGGUAGUUUUGGAUGUUGGUUGUGGAACUGGAAUUCUCUCUAUGUUUGCUGCUAAAGCUGGGGCAAAGAAGGUUCUUGGAGUUGAUCAGUCUGAAAUACUUUACCAGGCAAUGCAUAUCAUAAGACUAAAUAAACUUGAAGAUACUAUUAUGCUAAUUAAAGGAAAAAUCGAAGAAGUUCGUCUUCCUGUAGAAAAAGUGGACGUUAUUAUAUCCGAGUGGAUGGGCUAUUUUCUUCUUUUUGAGUCCAUGUUAGAUUCUGUCCUUUAUGCAAAGAACAAAUACUUGGCAAAAGGAGGAUCGGUCUACCCUGAUAUUUGCACUAUCAGCCUUGUGGCAGUAAGUGAUAUGAAUAAACAUGCUGAUAGAAUUACUUUUUGGGAUGAUGUCUAUGGCUUCAACAUGUCCUGCAUGAAGAAAGCAGUUAUUCCAGAAGCUGUGGUGGAAGUUUUAGAUCCAAAGACUCUUAUUUCAGACCCCUGUAGUAUUAAGCAUAUAGAUUGCCAUACAACAUGUGUCUCAGAUUUGGAGUUUUCUUCAGAUUUCACCCUAAAAAUCACAAAGACAUCGUUGUGCACGGCUCCAGCCACUCUGCGGCAUGUGGGAUCUUCCCGGACCGGGGCACGAACCCGUGUUGCCUGCAUCAGCAGGCGGACUCUCAACCACUGCGCCACCAGGGAAGCCCUGACGUAUUGCUUUCUUAUUAAUUUGUAGUAGCUUAAUGUACAAAGGACAGUGAGCCUUUGUUACUUAUAUUGUAAAUACUCUCAGAUCUGUCAUUCAUGUUUUAAUUUUGAUACUACAAUUUAAAUUUUUCUUUAUUAAGUUUCUGCUUUGCUUAUGAUACUUAAAAAUAAACCUUCUUUAUUUCCAGAUUUUAUAAACACUUGUAUAUACUGGUGGGAUUUCAUUCUUCCUCCCUCCUACCCCUUCACCCCCUACACUGAUCUUUGUGCAUACAUGUGCAUACAUUGAAAACCCCACCAGAUGAUGUUAUAAUUUUUCCAUUAAAAAAUCAUAGGUAUCUUAAAGGAAUUCAGAGGGGAAACAUAGUGUUUUAUAUUUACCCAACGAUUUAUCGUUCUUCUCUCAUUUUUGAUGUUUCAGGUUUCCUUCCAGUAUUAUUGCCCAUCAGCCUGAAGAACUUCCUUUAAAAUGUCUUCUAAAAAGCCUGUUGGCAAUGGAUUCUCUUAAUAUUCCUUCACUUGAAAAUUCAUUUAUUUUAUCUUCAUUCCUAAAGGAUGUUUUUCCUGGAUAUAGAAUUUUGAAAGGUUUUUUUUGUUUGUUUUGUUUGUUUGUUUGUUUGUUUUGUUCCAAUAUCUUUUUCUUUUCCAUCUGGACCUCCUAUUACAUGUAUGUUAGUUCCACAGGUCCCUGAGUCUCUGGGCAUUUUAUUUCAAUCUUUUCCCCUUGUUUUUUAAAAUUAGAUAAUUUCUUUUGAUCUAACUUCACAUUCACUGACCUUGUCCUCCUCUAUCAUCUCCAUUCUGCAAUUCAGCAAUUCAGCCCAGGAAGUUUUUUGUUUCAGUUAUUGUGUUUUUCAGUUCUGAAAUUUCCAUUUGGUUCUCUUUUCAUAGUUUCUAUUCCUCUACUGAGAAUUCCUGUCUUUUGAUUCAUUUCAGUGUGUUUAUUUUACGUCAUUGCUAUUAACUUAUACCAGCAUAGUUAUUUGCUUUAAGUCUUUGUCUGAUAGUACCAGCAUCUGGAUCAUCUCAGCAUUGGCAUCUGUUGAUUGUCUUUUCUCUUGAGAGUUGGUUACAUUUUCCUGGACUUUGUAUGUUGAGUAAUAUUGGAUUGUAUCCUGGAUAUUUUGGACUCUUAGUUGGGUUAUAAUCAUCUGGGCAGUGUUGAUGUUCGUUGUUAACAGGCAGUCCAUCCAAAGUCAAGAUAUAAGUUCUGUCAGCAGUGUCUUGGCAGACAAUGGUUCAAAUCUCAUUUCCAUUCUCUAAGAGUUUGCUAUACUGUUUUGGGUCUCUCCUGCACAUACACAGUUUAGGGAUUGGUCUGAGACUUAUACAGGUUUUUCAGUUUGACAGAAUUAUAUAGUAUUUUGAUUCUCUCUUGGUAUCUAAAGUACAAUGAACCUCAAGGUUAAAUAUUGAAUUUGGAGAGGAGUUGAGGAAGAUGGCAGAAGAGUAAGACGCGGAGAUCACGUUCCUCCCCACGGAUACAUCAGAAAUACAU